GGGUGUUUGAGUCACGGCUCAAAGUCCGCUAGGUGUGUGAGGAAUCCUUGAAAGCUGCAGACUACACAGUGCUUUUGUUCUCACAAUUUCAAACGGCACAAUGGAUGUUAGGGAUGUCUUGUCGUUUGCGGUUGGUACUUUCGUUUGUGUUACGCUUCAUUGUUAUCCAACAGUCACCUAGCCCACAGUUGCGGAGAUCUUUAAAGCCUCCCCCUCCACCGUCACUCUCUGAACGCGCGCCCGAAGAUGCUGAGUACAAACGCCCAAGGUUUUCGGAUAUGCCAUCUGCAGUGCCCUCAAUCACUCACACCGAUGCGUCCUCUUUCAUAGGACAUACAGAAGAGAUCCCGCGUGUUGUCAAUCUGACUGGGUAUGAUAUUGAAGACGAGGAACCUAAUCAGCCGACUACUGUAGGGGCAAGCGAGGUGGACGAGGCCACUGUGCGACGUUUGACCCUUUAUUUGGAAAAACGUGCCUUAGCUAACCAAGAGGCUCGGACGAAGUUUCCCGACCAGCCAAAACGAUUCAUGCAAUCAGAAGUGGAUCUCCAAGAAACUCUAGAAGAAAUGCAGGUUAUUGCAGCCAACCCAAACUUAUAUCCCAUCCUUGCCGACCACACACGCUCUGUGUCCCUGCUCCUCGGGCUUUUAUCGCAUGAGAACACGGAUAUCAGUUUGGCUGUGAUCGAUUUACUGCAUGAACUUUUGGAGUCAAAUGGCCUUAUGGAGGCUGGCCCAAGUCGAGUCAACCCAUUAUUGGACCUGCUAUUCAACGGACAACUAAUACAGCUACUCAUGCAGAACGUAGCCCGGUUAGAUGAGUCCAACAAGGAUGAGGCUGAUGGCGUUCACAAAACAUUGGGAAUCGUGGAAAAUUUACUGGAUGUGCGACCUGAAAUGAAUGUCACCAUGUCUAACCAAGGGCUAUUCUCUUGGCUUCUUCGCCGGCUUCAGCGACGUCCCGUGUUUGAUCGCAACAAACUUUAUGUCAGCGAACUACUCUCUAUACUACUGCAGCUGGACGAGGCCAACCGGCGUCAUUUGGGUGAAGUGGAUGGAAUUGACAUUCUUUUGCAACAGCUUGCCCAGUACAAACGUCACGAUCCCUCCAGCCCAGAAGAAAUCGAGCUAAUGCACAAUAUGUUCGACUGUUUGUGCAGUGCUCUGAUGCUACCUGAGAAUAAGGAUCGCUUUCUCAAAGGCGAAGGAAUACAGUUGAUGAAUCUCAUGUUACGUGAAAAGCAUAUGUCAAGAGACAGUGCCCUGCGUGUUUUGGACUAUGCUUUGUGUGUUGUGAACUCAGCCAAUGCAGCUCCUCAGCCGCAACCCGAUACACAAGACCCAGAGGGACCACAGAAACCUGGCUCAACAAGUUCAGACCCACUAGCAGUUGUGAUAGCCAACUGUUCUAAAUUCGUUGAUGUCCUCGGUCUGCGAACCAUUUUCCCUCUCUUCAUGCAUAGUCCCCGCGAACGCGUUGCCAAGUCAAAGGUACCCACGAAGGUGCGGGAAAAGCCGAAGUCUCUUGGUGGUCCGACAGCAGCUGAGAUGGAAGAGCAUGUGAUUAAUAUCAUCGGUGCUCUGCUUCGACACUGUCCGUCGGUUCAAAAAAACCGCGUACUGGCUAAGUUUGUCGAGAGCGAUCACGAGAAAGUCGAUCGGCUGAUUGAACUUCAUCUCCAGUACUUCGAUCGUGUGAAGGCAACUGACAGUCGCAUAAGGGCAAUGAAAGAAGAUCAGCCACGUUGGGUCGGAUACACUCCCGAAGAAAUCGAAGAUGAAUUGAUGUUAGAGCGACUCGGUGGUGGUCUGCUUCCUUUGCAAAUUUUGGAUAUAAUCAUCCUUGAAGUCUGUGUGAACGGAGCACCUACAACGGAAUCACAAACCAGUUCUGACAUGAUACGAUACAUGCUACUCUGCACCCUUAUCUUCACUCUGACAAACGCUCAUCCCUAUGUUCGGGUCUUGGUCGUGUUGGCAACGGGUUUUGAUGAGAUUGAAACCGUUACGGUUGUGCACGUUCUUCGAGCUGCAGGAGCGCACGUGACUUUGGCCAGUUUGAGCCCAGGCAAACUGCUGGUUCGUGGCGCACAUAUGCUGCGGGUGAAACCAGAUGUGGACCUCCUGACAGGACCCACUGACCCUUAUGAUGCAGUCAUACUACCUGGUGGUGAAGCAGCUGUAGAGCUCAUGUCAGCCUCUGAAGAACUGGGAAGACUUCUCAUUGAAUACGAAAAAUACAACAAAUAUAUCGGAGCAAUGGGUGUGUCAGCGCUUGCACUUCAACAGCACCGGAUUGCUUAUGGUGCUCUCUUGACAGCAGACCCGCGUGUGGAAAACAAACUUUCAGAUUUUUAUGGGUUCAUAGCUUCGGAUGACGUUGUGGUUGAUAAAACGUUGGUCACAUGUACUGGGCCCGGUUCCGCCAUGCAAUUUGCCCUUGAAAUGGUCGAAUUGCUGUUUGAUAAGGAAAAAGCCGAACGGUUGUCAAAAAAAUUACUGUAUCGAAGUUUGUGA